AUGAUGCUUACUAACUUCUUCGUAAUUCCUCUCAUACUGGUCUAUCGUCAUGCGACAAGCGCUAUAAUCAUACCGCCACAUCAGUUUGUUGCCCCUCGAUAUGUAAUUUUGGGAGGAAACAAGGGCAAUGUAAUCACACCUGUAUGGCCAAGAAUAAUUGCUCGAACAAAGUUAGAAGCGAAUAAGGAGCAGAGAACCGCAGAUCCUUUAGGGAUUCCAGCAGCUUACUGGGUGGCAACGUUCUUCCUUGCAACCGUCACUAUCAUUGGAAUGUUCCUGCUUCUGUUGAUCGUAAGAAGACGACAUCCGAAAACCUCCCAGCAGGCUGCUCAUAACCAUGUUAAAAUACAGCCAUGA